UAUUCGAUGUAGAUACUGCCGUGAAGGCAGAGAGGCAAGUGCGAGACCUCAAGGAAUACGGCGGUGUGAGUUUUUCUGUUUGUCAGCUGGCUUUAUAGACGGAAAAUCACUAUCCAAUAGCAUUUAGAGUUUUUUUAAUAAAAGCUUCAAACGUGAAGGACCAUGUCGAACGGGGUUGUGUUUCGAUCGCAGCUCGCUUCCAUCAUGGAGGUUUUGGCAAACGCGGCCGUGGAGGAAAUCUGUAAGAUCGUAGACGAUGGAUAUGCCAUUUUACAUUUGGAAAUGUCAGAGUACCAGAAGGAGAACGAAUCUCUGAAAAUGAAACUGCACAUGAUGGAGCUGAAGGUCGCACAGGGAUGUGCGGGCGGAAUAAACAUGCGAGAGAGCUCCCUGACCGCUGGCUUUGAUGGACUGCGGGAUCAUCCCAAAGGAGCGUCAAAGGAGAGGCCCGUCCCAGCCGCAAACAGGGUCUUCGGCCAGCCGGCAGGCGGUACUUUGUCGAAUCCCCGUUCUGUUUUGGGUGAAGAUAUCUCCGUUCAGCCUGUCACCGUGAAGCAGGACGAGUGUGCUGACCUAGAAGAGGACAAGACUGUUCUUAUCAAAGAGGAAAAACCUGAAGAGGACAACGAGGCACUGAGUGAGCUGAAGAUCAGUGAUGGGGGAGCUGGGGGGCCUGAUGCCGGCGGUGAGGAGUGGGCCACCACUGCAAACUCGGGGAUCGCACCCUCAGAACGCACAGAGGACCUCACCGCACAGUGCAGGGGCAGACACAGUGCUUGGGAGGUCAGUGGACUGGACACCGCCCUUAGGUCAGAUCCAGUGUGUGAAACUGCUCAGAAGAGGCUGAGACACACAGGAUCUGAGCGCAGUGCAGGAAGACUGAACGAUCGGGGCUCUGAGUGCGUGCCGUACGAGGUACCCGGCCACCUGCGGACUUUUGUGCAAGCGGGCGCUGAGGACAGGACCGGGGAUCUGUCCGGCUCCUCUGGUAGAGGGGACACAGAGGGAAUGUCGGUUCACUCAGAGCUGCGGCCGCUGUCUGCUGAACACAGUGCUCCUUCUGCCAGCCUGUCAUCUUUAGGAUCCGCACACCUUACACCGGAUGCGGUAAUAAUAGACUCCAUUAAAACAGAGUCUCCAGUGCACUCCGUGUGGGACAAAAAGACAGCGUCAGACACGGGUCAGAUGCAAUGCAGACGUUACACAGAAGACAGGGAGAGAGAGCACACGCAGCCUGAACACGUUACCGCCACAUGUCUCCCGCACUCGCAGCCAGUGGUGAGAGAGAUUGUGGCAGUGCCGUCGCGUUCAGGCACCACAGGUUCAUACGGACCGGUCCAUCACGAAGAAAGCUUCAUGACCAGCAACGACGGCACACGAGCCAAAAGGUUCAUUUGUAAAUACUGCGGGAAGGGUUUCACCCGUCAGAACGCCCUCGAAAUUCACCAGCGAGUCCACACAGGGGAGAAACCGUUCCGAUGCACACAGUGUGGAAAGCGCUUUUCCGAUUCGAGUAAUCACAGGAGGCACCAGAGUGUUCACUCGAGAGAGAGACCGUUUAGCUGUACCCAGUGCGAGAGGAGUUUCUCUCACCAGUAUCAACUGAAAGUGCACCAGAGGGUUCACACUGGAGACAGACCAUUCAGUUGUACACACUGUGGGAAGAAAUUUGGGGAAAAAAGUUUCCUCAAAAUACACCAGCAGCGAGAACAUGCAGUUCUUUAUUUAGUGUGACAGUACUGAAAUUAUCCCAGGGAAAAUAAAGUGGCAUAAAAUUCACACUUAGAUAGCAGUUAUGUCAGACCGUAGAAUAACCUUAAGCAUAUUUAGCGUUGAUUUUUCAAAAGUAAUGUUUUUCAAAAUAUGCAUCAUGGACAGUACAAGACUUACAAAGUUACCAUGGCAAGUAAUAUCACAGAAGCAAUAAGAACAUGCAUACAGAACUGCUUGUAAUGGCUUCAAGUGAAUUUACGAGUGAACAGCUGUAAAAUAUAAGUAUAUCAGCAUACACCUGGUGCCUAUCACUAUCCUGUUUUACCCAAAUCAUACUGAAGUACAGAUAGAGCCGAACAUUAAUCUAUAAGAGUAAAUUUACCUUGUGUUCAAAUUGUGCCAAAGAAAGAUUGAUGCAUGAUACUGUUAUGUUUAUCAUCAUAGCAGACAGUGAUCUUAAAGAGCUGUGUUACAGAUUUCUGUUCUCCAGAAUGCACUGCAUUUUGCAAUGCCACACCUCUUUGAAAGUGUUUGGUCUCUGCCCUGAACAGCCCAAUAGUAAAUGUUUCACAGGGACAAUGA